AUGUGCAUCCAACGUUUUGAUAAAUGCACCAAGUGCAAGCUCUCCUUCAACCAAAAGACCAAGCAGUGCGACCGAAACAAGGCGCAGAACCAAGGCUGGCUGGCCCAGUGCCUGGGCCUCCACCGCGCGUGCGACCGCGUCGUCCGCACGCAACCCGUCGACCUCGAGUGGUACUGCGCCCGAUGCCGCGGCCCCAUCACCGCCCCGAUGCAGCCGCACCAGAUGAUGAGCUACCGCGGCCCGACGUGGCAGGACCCGCCUCCGCUCUCGUCGCGGCAGAGGCAGCUUCUGCAGCAAGCCCAUGCACAAAGGAACAGAGGUAAGAAACAACCCCAGGAUGGCCGCCAGCUGGCCGCCACCGACCCCAUCUCCCCCUUGGCCGCCGUCAAGCAGCCUGACAGCGAACGGAACCUGACGCGCAGCAACGCCCUCCGCAGACACCGCACGACGUCCGAGGCCUCGGUCCUGCAGCGGCCCGACCAGGCCUGGGUGGCCAGGGAGGAGCGGACCAGGCGCCUCCGGCGCGAGGACCGCAGCGUGGCCUCGCGGAGCAGAGGGCCCGAGGACCGCAGCAAGAAGCAGCGCAAGGCCGAGCCGCGCGUGAAGGUGCCACUCUACGUCCCCACGGCGGGCGACCCGGCCAACCCGAACAUCGCCUGGGCCAAGCACGUCGUCGAGAGCAACAGCAGGAGUAGUACCAGGCAGCAGGCCGCCUCGGCCUCGUCCUCAAAGGUUGCCCGGCACGAUGCCGAGCGUCCGCGCGGCUCCCACUCCGGCCCGCCCCCGGGCUUCACCUACGAGAAGUGGCAGACCCAAGACCCGCCCCGGAGACGACCGAGCACCAAGGCCAUCGUCCCCUCCAAGACCUACACCUCUCUGCCUCGCGAAAAGAAGUCUCAUCCCCCAGUCACGCAGCCUAAAAGCCGUCCACGCGCGGCGUCGGCUGGGGCCACAAUGCGUGGCUUGAUAUCGCCCAUGUUCAGGAGGGUUGCGAGCCCAGAUUGGGUCUGCGCCGAUGCCAAGCUCAUCGAGAAAGGUCUUAAAAAGUGA